AUGGGGGAGGACACCGAGAGCUCCAAAGGCAACCACAGCUUCCUGCGAGACUACGUCACCGAAGCUGAUGUAAUCUCUACAGUGGAUUCAACCACACAGGAGAAUCUGCUGGCUACGGGGGACAAGGGAGGCAGAGUCGUCGUCUUCCAGAGAGAGACCGUGUCCUCUCUCCUCCCCCCUACCUCCUCUCAUCUCCUUUCCUCUCUUCUCCCCCUACCUCCUCUCCUCUCCCAGCCUAAAGGGGAGUUGGAUCAGGUGGGGGAGACGGGUGAGUCGGGGGAGUAUAAUGUGUACAGUACCUUCCAGAGCCACGAGCCUGACUUUGACUACCUGAAGAGUCUGGAGAUCGAGGAGAAGAUCAACAAGAUACGAUGGCUGCCUCAACAGAACGCCGCACACUUCCUGCUCUCCACCAACGAUAAGACCAUCAAGCUGUGGAAGGUGAGUGAGCGAGACAAGCAACCGGAGGGCUACAACCUGAAAGAUGAGGAGGGCAGGGUGAAGGACAUCUCUACAGUCACAUCACUACAGGUUCCUGUGUUGAGACCUACAGACCUGAUGGUGGAGGUACGUCCUAGGAGGGUGUUCUCCAAUGGUCAUACCUACCAUGUUAACUCCAUAUCGGUCAACAGUGACGGAGAGACCUACCUGUCAGCUGAUGACCUGAGGAUCAACAUGUGGCAUCUGGGGAUCACAGACCGCAGCUUCAACAUAGUGGACAUCAAGCCAGCCAACAUGGAGGAGCUAACAGAGGUGAUAACAGCAGCAGAGUUUCAUCCUCACCACUGUCACCUGUUUGUCUACAGUAGCAGUAAAGGAUCUCUACGUCUCUGUGACAUGAGGGCCUCGGCACUUUGCGACAGACACACCAAACUCUUUGAGGAACCAGAGGACCCAGGAAGUCGUUCAUUCUUCUCUGAGAUCGUGUCGUCGGUGUCGGAUGUGAAGUUCAGUCACAACGGGCGGUACCUGCUGACCAGGGAUUACCUGACGGCCAAGGUGUGGGACUUACACAUGGAGAAAGGCCCUGUCGAAACCUACCAGGUUCAUGACUACCUGAGGACUAAGCUGUGCUCGCUGUACGAGAACGACUGCAUAUUUGACAAGUUCGAGUGUGUCUGGAACAGCUCCGACAGUGUGAUAAUGACUGGGGCGUACAACAGCUUUUUCCGGAUGUUUGACAGGGAGACGGGGCGGGGCGUGACCCUGGAGGCGUGGCGAGAGACCAGUAAGCCGCGAGCUGUCCUGCGGACGCGACGGAUCUACACCGGGGGCAAGCGUCGUCGCGGCGACGUGGGGGUGGACAGUCUGGACUUCACUAAGAAGAUCCUCCACAUGGCCUGGCACCCCGAGGAGAACAUCAUCGCCAUAGCCUCCACCAACAACCUCUACAUCUUCCAGGACCGGGUCAGCCCCGAUACACAGGGUCCAGACCUGGGUUCAGAUACCAUUUAGCACCGGGUCAGCCCCGACACACAGGGUCCAGACCUGGGUUCAGAUACCAUUUAGCACUGGGUCAGCCCCGACACACAGGGUCCAGACCUGGGUUCAGAUACCAUUUAGCACCAGGUCAGCCCCUACACACAGGGUCCAGACCUGGGUUCAGAUACCAUUUAGCACCGGGUCAGCCCCUACACACAGGGUUCAGACCUGGGUUCAUAUACCAUGUGCACACGCACACACACACACACGCACACACACACACACACACACACACACACACACACACACACACACACACACACACACACACACACACACACACACACCCUGAUUGUUGGACACAAAUUGAAAGGAAAUAACAAAAACAUCAGAGACUAGUCCCUCCAUGGAAUGAGUUGGACAGGCCUGAGAUCAGUCUAUAAGGUGAAUGAGUUGGACAUGCCUGAGAUCAGUCUAUAAGAUGAAUGAGUUGGACAGGCCUGAGAUCAGUCUAUAAGGUGAAUGAGUUGGACAUGCCUGAGAUCAGUCUAUAAGAUGAAUGAGUUGGGACAGGCCUGAGAUCAGUCUAUAAGAUGAAUGAGUUGGGCAGGCCUGAGAUCAGUCUAUAAGAUGAAUGAGUUGGGACAGGCCUGAGAUCAGUCUAUAAGAUGAAUGAGUUGGGCAGGCCUGAGAUCAGUCUAUAAGAUGAAUGAGUUGGGACAGGCCUGAGAUCAGUCUAUGAGAUGAAUGAGUUGGGACAGGCCUGAGAUCAGUCUAUAAGAUGAAUGAGUUGGGACAGGCCUGAGAUCAGUCUAUAAGGUGAAUGAGUUGGGACAGGCCUGAGAUCAGUCUAUAAAGGGAAUUAGUUGGACACCCCUGAGUUUGCUAUCGAAGGUGAAUGAGUUGGACAGGCCUGAUAUCAGUCUAUAAGAUGAAUGAGUUGGGACAGGCCUGAGAUCAGUCUAUAAGGUGAAUGAGUUGGGACAGGCCUGAGAUCAGUCUAUAAGAUGAAUGAGUUGGGACAGGCCUGAGAUCAGUCUAUAAGGGGAAUUAGUUGGGACAGGCCUGAGAUCAGUCUAUGAGAUGAAUGAGUUGGGACAGGCCUGAGAUCAGUCUAUAAGGUGAAUGAGUUGGACAGGCCUGAGAUCAGUCUAUAAGGGGAAUUAGUUGGACACCCCUGAGUUCGCGAUCUAAGGUGUCUGAAGACAGAGGAAGGUGGUGUGUGUGUGUGUGUGUGUGUCUUAGACCGCAGUGACCCAGUGUGUGGAUCCAAUCACUGUUUAUAUUGUUAUUUUAGUCAACAGUCACUAGACGUCCCGUUUAACGGAUUCCCUUUAUGAUCACAACACCUCAGCACACCUGGAUACACAGGACACCUUUACACACACCUGGUGAGAGUGGACACUUCUGGACACCUUUACACACACCUGGUGAGAGUGGACACAUCUAGACACCUGGUGACUUAUCUGGAUUAAUCUAGACACCUGGUGACCCAUCUGAAUUAAUCUAGACACCUGGUGACCCAUCUGGAUUAAUUGAGACACCUGGUGACCCAUCUGGAUGAAUCUAGACACCUGGUUACCCAUCUGGAUUAAUCUAGACACCUGGUGACUCAUCUGGACACAUCUAGACACCUGGUGACUCAUCUAGAUUUAUCUAGACACCUGGUUACCCAUCUGGAUGAAUCUAGACACCCGGUGACCCAUCUGGACACAUCUAGACACCUGGUGACCCAUCUGGACACAUCUAGACACCUGGUGACCCAUCUGGAUUAAUCUAGACACCUGGUGACCCAUCUGGACACAUCUAGACACCUGGUGACCCAUCUGGAUGAAUCUAGGCACCUGGUGACCCAUCUCGAUUAAUCUAGACACCUGGUGACCCAUCUGGAUGAAUCUAGACACCUGGUGACCCAUCUGGAUUAAUCUAGACACCUGGUGACACCUGGACACUCCUGGACAAGCUGAUCCUAGAUCUGUGCCUAAGAGCAACUUCUACCCCGAGCUACUAAAUCUCUUGUGCUUCCAUCCAUCCACUCAUACAGGCCCAAAUGGACCUUUUUCCCUAUAUAGUGCACUACUUUUGACAUGGGACCAUAAGGCUCUGGUCAGAAGUAGUGCCCUAUAAAGGGAAUACUAGGUUGAUCGUAUUCUCAUGUCUGUCUGUCUGUGUCUGUCUGUCUGUAACCUAGUUAUCUCAGUGGUCAACCUUUACAUAGAGUCAUAGCUAUGUAGCGAGACUAUGCAGGAUUUUGUUCCUGACUACCACCAACACACUUUGAAUAUAGCUAAUCAAGUGGAUUAGUCAAAAUCAGGUGGGUUAGUGCAGGGCUGGAACUAAAGCCUGCACAGCUUGUAAUGAUGGUCUUCUAGGGUUGGUGGCCACUGGUUUAAAGGGGCAAUCUGGGACUGAUGCACUUCUACGGCUGGUGGCUACUAGUUUAAAUGGGUAAUCUGGGACUGAUGCACUUCUAGGGUUGGUGGCCACUGGUUUAAAGGGGCAAUCUGGGACUGAUGCACUUCUAGGGUUGGUGGCUACUAGUUUAAAGGGGCAACCUGGGACUGAUGCACUUCUAGGGUUGGUGGCCACUGGUUUAAAGGGGCAAUCUGGGACUGAUGCUCGUCCAGGGUUGGUGGCCACUGGUUUAAAGGGGCAAUCUGGGACUGAUGCACUUCUAGGGUUGGUGGCCACUGGUUUAAAUGGGCAAUCUGGGACUGAUGCACUUCUAGGGUUGGUGGCCACUGGUUUAAAGGGGCAAUCUGGGACUGAUGCUCGUCCAGGGUUGGUGGCCACUGGUUUAAAGGGGCAAUCUGGGACUGAUGCACUUCUAGGGUUGGUGGCCACUGGUUUAAAGGGGCAAUCUGGGACUGAUGUACUUCUAGGGUUGGUGGCCACUGGUUUAAAGGGGCAAUCUGUAGUUCCGCGACAUCACACCGCUUGAGUUCCCUCUCUCCUCCAAUCAUACACAGUAGUGUAGUGACGUCAGCGCGGCAACCUCACGGCUAACCAAUCAGUAAGAGUGUCGUUGCGCUGUGGUUAGGACCAUUGGAACAGUAGCAUGUUAUCCAUUGUUACUGUCGUUGUAUAUCUAUCAUACCUGUAUAACUAACAGUUAUCUGAACACUCCACAUGAACACUUGAUGAAGGAAUGUGUAUAACAAAAAUAAAUUAAAUAAUAUGAAUCUGA